AUGGUGGAGCCCCUAAUCAAAGUUUUAGUGCGCAAUACAGCAGAAAGACUACAAGCUGUGAGUAAUGAUCUAGAUGUUGCUCUAGAAGUUCUUGAGAACAAAGCCCUUGUUGCAUUACAAGGUCCUCAAGCUGCCAAAGUUCUUCAGAGCGGUGUUCAAACUGACCUCAGUAAAAUGUUCUUUAUGCAUGGUGGUGUAAUGGAUGUGUUUGGAAUCAAGGAUGUGCGAGUUACUAGGUGUGGCUACACUGGAGAGGAUGGCUUUGAGUUGUCUGUAGAUAAAAACAGAGCUGUUGAUUUGGCCAAAGCCUUGUUAGAAAGUAAAGAAGCCGAGGUAAAACCAGCUGGACUGGGGCCAAGGGACAGUUUGCGACUUGAGGCAGGCCUUUGUCUCUAUGGAAACGACAUUGAUGAAGGCAUCAGCCCUGUUGAGGCAGUGCUUGUGUGGACAAUAGGGAAGAGGCGACGCGCCCAAGCAGAUUUUCCUGGAGCUGAAAUAAUCCUGAGACAGAUCAAAGAAAAAGCUAAAAGGAAAAGAGUGGGCCUGGUUUCUAAAGGACCUCCUGCAAGAGGUGGAACAACCAUUCUGGAUUCCGAUGGGAAUAAAAUAGGUCACGUGACCAGUGGAUGCCCGUCACCCAGUCUCAAGCAGAACAUUGCAAUGGCUUACGUGACGUCAGAGUUCGCCAAACCUGGGACAUCUCUCCAGUUAGAAGUGUACAAGAAAAAGAUCGAGGCUCAAGUUGUGAAGAUGCCUUUUUUGCCAACAAAGUACUUCUUUGGAAAGUGAAUUUCAACGUGAAAGCCAAAAGACAGUCGAAACAAGCGUGUAUGAUUUAGGAAUACUAUUUGAAAUUGAAUAGGGUUUGAAAUAAUGUGUGAAAAAUAUCGAAAAGAUAAUAUAAUCGAUUACUUAAUUUUAUUUUUUACAUGUAACAUGGUGGAGCCCCUAAUCAAAGUUUUAGUGCGCAAUACAGCAGUCAGGAGCUCUUUCUCAUAAUCAGAACUAGAUUUACUUUCUGUAGUCAAUCAUUUGUCGUCUUUUUAAAUUAAUAUUUGAAAGCUGUUUACCCUGGAGCAAUCCGCCGUUCAGUUUGAUUUGCACGUUGACAAUCUUAUUAGAAGAAAUGCUCGUUCCCAAGGCCCUUCCUCUUCCUCGCUCGAGAACGAGAGAGGACCAUGGGACGGACCAUGGGAGCGAGGUUGAUCUGAAGGGUUCACAAAACUAAACAUGGCUAAAUCAUCAUGUCUAGGGUUCAUGCAGAAAAUAAAUCUCGCUAUUUGUUCGAACCUAAAUCUAAUGGUGCAGUAAGAGCGUGAAUGUUGCCAGCUGUUUUUCUGACUUAUGAGCGAGCGUGAAAUAGCUAUUCCUUAAAUUAUUGACCACUCCCGUGUUUAAUUUAAACAAACAAACAAAAAGUGUAUAUAGACGUGAAAUAAAACGUACAAUCUUUUUUA